AUGCCGCAAGGAACGAAGCGUGUGCAUUCGCCUGCACCUUACGAGCGUAUCGUCAGGGCCAAGACUUCCGACGAAGAGAUAGAGGGCAUGGGCAAUGCCCGGAACAUCGCGAUAUUGCCGGUUGAAGAGAUCAAAUCUGAGCUGAAGGGCGACGUAAAUGUGCAAGCACCUUCGGCUAAUCAAAGCACACGUGCUGCUUGUUCCUACUGCAAGGAAUUGUCUACAGAGAACGAAGAAUUGAAAUACGAGAACGCCAAGCUCAUAUCACGACUCCAAGGACUUACCGUAUCCGAAGAGCUCGUCGUCAAAGCCGAGCAGCCGGAUCGCUCUCCUGACGGCGACCCAGACGAGGAGGCCGAUGCCGAGGUCAAGAGACUCGCGGCCCAGAACGGCGGGCUGACGCAGACGGUGGUGUCGCUGAGGCUCGCCUUGAAUCGACAGGUGACAGAGCACAAGGCGCGGGAGGAUCUGAAUUGCCGCAUCUACGAGCAGUGGCUGGAGGUGCGCAGCACGUCGAUGCAGACCAAGCUCAACGAGCAGCUGGCGGCCAAGACCCAGGAGAUGGAGCAGCGCGGCCAGGAGCGCGAGAUAGCCCUGGCCGAGAAGGAGGGCCAGCUCGAGGCGCUGUCCGAGAAGCACCAAGCGGAGGUCCUGAAGAACCAGAGAUAUAGAGACCGUCUCCGGGAUGCCGAGUGGCACAACAGGCUCUUGCGCGAGGAUUACAAAGCGCUCGGAAGAGCUCAUCGACGCAAUGCAGAUCGUCUCAUGGCCCCGGCAUCCGACACCUUGACCCGUAUGGAUGAAGAAAUGGAGGAGCUGCACCGGGAGUUGCAGCAUUUACUGUCUCCAUAUGACAGAAGAGAUAGGGGUGGUCGCCGAUGA